GGGGCGUCGCUACGCUCUACACCAUCAGCUCAAACGACGCUCAAUCUCGCUGAAUAAACAUUUUUUUUUUCGGUCCGUUCGAGCGUUUCUCGUCUUUGAUCGAGGGUUUUUUUUUUUUUAGUGUUUUUUAUGACUUUUGAGGGAUUUUAAACGAGAUAUAUGUAUUUUUUUUCUUUCAGUGUUACGUGUUUGGUAAUGUUCGCGCGAUGUUAGUUUUUGAGGUAGAAAUUGUUUUUAUUACAUUUGCACGACGUCUCACUACAACAACAACAACUGCGACUAAACCAGUGCGGCCUCCGACCCAAUUGAUUCACCACCAUUCACCAUGAUCGUCAACCCUAUGGCGUCACACUCAGCCACCAUAGCGUCCAUAAUUCCACACAUCGCGACACUGGGUCUCGUGCAAAACAUCAGCUCCAAUCACAGCAACAACGUGACCAGCUUGGAAGCUUUCAAGCCCCAUUGGACCGAACUGUUGCUUCUCAUAGUAAAAGGAUUCAUUUUUUCCACAAUAAUAUCGGGCGCGAUCCUGGGAAACGCUCUGGUGAUCAUCAGCGUGCAUAGACAUAGAAAAUUGAGGGUGAUCACCAACUAUUAUGUGGUGAGUUUAGCGAUGGCCGAUAUGUUGGUCGCCUUGUGUGCGAUGACUUUUAACGCAAGCGUAGAACUAACCGGCGCUUGGAUGUUUGGAACGGUGAUGUGCGACGUGUGGAACAGUUUCGACGUGUAUUUUUCCACCGCGAGCAUUUUGCACUUGUGUUGUAUCAGCGUGGAUCGGUACUAUGCCAUAGUGCGCCCAUUGGAGUACCCGAUCACCAUGACGCAUCGUACUGUGUCUUUUAUGUUGGCUAACGUGUGGCUGUUACCCGGUUUGAUCAGUUUUAUGCCGAUUUUUCUUGGGUGGUACACCACUGAGGACCAUUUGGUCGAGAAGGAGAAGCAUCCCGAAAUAUGCGUUUUCGUUGUAAAUAAAUAUUAUGCCAUAAUAUCGAGUUCGAUUAGUUUCUGGAUCCCUGGCACCUUAAUGGUUAUAAUGUACUGUCGUAUAUAUAAGGAGGCCAUAAGGCAACGUAAGGCCUUAUCGCGCACUUCGUCUAAUAUUAUAUUGAACUCUAUCCACCAGCAUAGAACCUCGUAUAGGGAGAGGUACAGUGAUAGAUAUAGUGAUCAGUAUUUGAAUCCCGAUAGUGAAAUGACCACGGUGGGGCAGGUGAAUGGUGGGGCGAGGAGGAGUACCAGUGCCGGUUCGGCGAUUUCUUAUGGUACCACCAUAACUGAGUUUAAUACCAUGAUGAAUAGUCGGGAUCCCGCUAAGGCCGCCACUGAAUUAAAUUUGAACGGCACCACUAUACGACAACAAACAAAAAGCUGGAGGGCAGAACAUAAGGCCGCCAGGACCUUGGGGAUCAUCAUGGGGGUUUUUAUGUUGUGUUGGCUUCCCUUUUUCCUUUGGUACGUAAUAACCACCCUGUGCGGCGACCACUGUCCCACCCCCGACUGGCUGAUCGGGAUGCUCUUCUGGGUCGGCUACUUCAACUCGGCCCUGAACCCGCUGAUCUACGCGUACUUCAACCGGGAUUUCCGGGAGGCCUUCAAGGACACCCUCCUGUGCGCCCUGCCCUGCUGUUUCGGCCGUUGGAAGACUCCCCCGAGAUUCCUGUAGCCACCGAGGGAGUCCGCGCACGAGAAUGUUGUUGUUACAGAUGAACGGCUGUGAUAUAUUUAGUUUUCGCUCUAUAGAUAUUUAAGGCGUAUAUGUAUGUAGAUCGUAGGGCCUAUAUUAAGUAAAAACAGUAGAACGUUUAAUGGUUAUCAGUUGUUCUAUGUUUUAACUACGGAGAAAGGGACUUAGGAAUGGUUAGGCAAUGUUUUGAAUCUUAUUGCAAAAGAACUUGGCGUUCUGUGAAUAAUAAUAUGCGAAUUUAGGGAUCCUACCGACUGCACCAAGCCCCUUUAUAACAUUCUCAAGUUUAAUAGUCUUAUCAGCAUAAAUACUCAUUAGUCCAACUAGAAUCUGAAGAACCAGUUAAGGUAUGUUCAUGAUAAAAGCGACUAAGCAUUGACAAAAGCAUGCUUAAGGUGCUGUGAAACUUUCAAUCUAGUCCAAGUAAUUGUUUUGGAUUUAUAAAGCCUUUUGUGCUGAUGUGUCCGAUCAGGAGGUUUAAUUUUUGAAGAUGACCGCUCACUUCGACGUCCAAAAUCUUGAAAACUAAUAGGAGUAUUGUCAUAAAACAAAUAGCGUAGAGUUCAGAAAAGCCUGCUUAAUAAAUUUUGUACAACCUUCAAAGCAGUUUAAUCAAUGGUUUUAGAAUUAUCGAGCUUUUUGGGCGGAUGUGCCCAACAAGCAGGUUUAAUCUUCAAGGUGACCACUCACUUCGAGGUCAAAAAUCUCGAAAAGUAAUGGGAGUAUUUUCAUAAAAUAGACAGCAUAGAGUUCAGAAAAGCAUGCCUAAUAAAUAUUGUAGAAGGUUCAAAAUAGUUCAUUCAAUAAUUUUAGAAUUAUCAAGCUUUUUAGACAAAUGUGUCCAAUAAGCAGGUUUGACCUUCAAGGUGACCACUUACUUCGAGGUCCAAAAUCUGGAAAACUAAUGGGACUAUUUUCAUAAAGCAAAUUGUAUAGAGUUUAGAAAAACCUACUUAAUAAAUAUUAUAAAGGGUUCAAAGCAGUUUAAUCAAUGGUUUUAGAAUUACCGAGCUUUUUGGACAGAAGUGUCCGUUAAGCAGGUUUGAACUUCAAGGUGACCACUCACUUCGAGGUCCAAAAUCUCGAAAACUAAUAAGAGUAUUUUCAUAAAACAAACAGCAUAGGGUUCAGAGAAGUAUGCUUAAAAAAUUUUGUUAAGAGUUUAAAGCAGCUCAAUCAAUGCUUCUAGAUUUAUUGAGCUUUUUGGGCAAAUGUGUCUGAUGAGCAGAUUUGAUUUUCAAGGUGACCACUCACUUCGAGGUCCAAAAUCUCAAAAACUAAUGGGAGUAUUUUCAUUAAAUAAACAGCAUAGAGUUCAGAAAAGCAUGCUUAAUAAAUAUCGUAAAAGGUUUAAAGCAGUUCAAUCAAUAAUUUUAGAAUUAUCGAGCUUUUUAGACAAAUGUGUCCAAUAAGCAGGUUUGAUCUUCAAGGUGACCAUUCACUUCGAGGUCAAAAAUCUCGAAAACUAAUAGGAGUAUUUUCAUAAGACAAACAGCAUUGAAUUCAGAGAAGCAUCCUUAACAAAUGCUAUUAAAGGUUCAGAGCAGUCUAAUCAAUAAUUCUAGAAUUAUCGAGCUUUUUGGGGCAGAUGUAUCUAAUGGGCAACUUUGAUCUUCAAGGUGAACAUUUGGGAUCAAUAUGAUGCUUAAUUAAUCUGCUCUAGUUAUUUUUUAUUUUAUAUACUAAGACAUUAUCUCUUAAAAUUACCCAAAUAAUAUUGAUUUAAUCAAUUUUAGACCCUUAAAGCUCCAUGAGAGUUAUAAUAAAUAUUUCGCUGAUUUCGAACGAAUGCUCUUCAAGCCACUUUGAUAGAUUCAGGUUGAUGUGUCAAUCAACAAUAAUUUAUUUUAUUGACGUUUACUUAAUCAAUUCCAAGUGAAUAAUGCACUCUUAUUUGAAUAAUAACAAUUAAUUAUGUUAAUCAAUUUUAGACAAAUAGAACUUUUCCUAUUACAUUCAAUUGAAGAAUCACUGUGACAAUUAUAACUUAUAUGCCAAAAUUGACUUGUUAGUAAUCAAAAAUCUAUCAAAUCAAUUUUUAGAACAACAGUCCGUUUCUAUAAUUCGUUAAAAUCACUACAUUGAUUAUGUAACCAAAUCCAUCAUGUCGUAUGCUUUAUAUCAAAUUCUGGGCCUAGAACUUUUGAUGAUUUUUUUUUAAAUAAUUAUUAUGCAUCAAUAAUCAGUAGGUGAUUAAUUCCAAACCGAUAGCCAUAGACUAGAAUCCUUAUAAUCAAUUCCAAACUAAUAUGGCAUUAACUUGCAUGAGGCCUAAUAGUUUUGCCGAUUUAUACUCUGAUAAAUUAGACUUAAUGAAUUUUACACUGUUCAGGGUUUAUCUUAGUCAAUAACAAAUACCUAUUUCAUAAAAUAUAUUCAAUGAUGAUGGUCCACUACAAUAAUCAAUAAUUUUAUUGAUACCGGUCCUUUAAAGUUACGACUCUGCUGUUUGAUGCAUCAAUUCCAAGCCCAUAGGGUCGUAUAAGAGUAAUGACAAAUUUAUUGAUUCUGUGUGUCAAUCGUGUAAUAAUAAUUAUUUCAGAUUAUCAAAAAAAAAAUAUUUUAUUAGUCAAAGUGGUGACACGUGUUUCGCUUCGAAGAGCAUCAUCAGACACAUAAAAAAUAAUUCCAACAAAACCAUAAAGUAAAGCGAAAAAGUCUUUUUGUAAUUUUAGUUGGUUUUGUUGGAAUUAUUUUUUAAGUCUGAUGAUGCUCUUAGGAGCGAAACACGUGUCACCACUUUGAUUAAUAAAAGAAUUUUUUUAGACCGAGAUUUGGUGUUACUGUCUUUUGAUUUAGUUAUAUCAAAAUCUCUUUGAGAAUAUGGACGACUUCUUUCUAAUAUGAUAAUAAUUUAAUCAAUAUAUCAGAUCAGUGGUUUACUAGAAAUAUUUUAAUGAUUAUUUAAUCAAUUUAUGUCAAUGCAAUCAUUAUUGCACAUAUUAUUAACUUUUAAUCAAUUACAGGCCAAUAACGUUUUGAUUGUUUGUUUUUUUUUUAAUUUUUAUUGAUUUCAGAAUGAUUACAGAAUAAAAUCGUUAUGGUUUCUUGAUUAACUUUACAAAGAUAAUAAGUGGUUUGAAUCAUAUAAAAAUUUAAUUGAUUCGAAUCAGUCCAAUCAAUAAUUUCAGAAUUAUCGAUCUUUUUGGGCACAUGUCUCUAAUUUUCAAGGUUACCACUGACUUUAAAGUCCAAAAUUUCAAAAACCUGUGAAAGUAUUCUUAUGAAACAAAAAGCAUAAUAUUCAGAAAAGCAUACUCUAAAAUUUUAUUUAUGAUUAAAACUAAUUGACACUAUUGUUGUGGAAUUAUUGCACUUUUUGUGUAGUGAUUCUAGUGACUAUAAAGCAUUAGUUAUUGGUUGGUGCAGUCGGUAGGAUAUAUGAUAUAAACCCAAAUUUAGUUUAGACUUUUAUCUGUAGUUAAUACCUUUUUUGCAAAAUUUUAUUGUAAAUAAACCUGAUGUAACCGAUGUCGUAUCGUAAAUACCUAAUAAUAGAAAAUAUGUAUACCAAAAGCAAUAUGCGAAAGACUCACUUACGUUUUCGAGUAAAUUAUAGUAUUUAAAAAAAAAAUAUGGACAGAACAGUAUAUUAUUCUGUCUUUAUUUGCUUACCUUUUUUCUGUGAUAAAACAUUACUAUGUUCUUAUUAUAUGGCUGAACCUUGGCUAAGUGCUAUCUAAAAAUUUAUUUAUGCCUAGAUAAACCUAGCCAAGUUUAUCCUAUAGUUUUGUAUAAGUUAUCUAAAUCAGAGUAUAUAAAUGUAUUAAAGAUCAGAUUUUUUUUUUAAUUAAUUUAAUAUGAAACAGUCCAUGCUGUAUUAAAGGAGGAAUAUAGUAGGUGCUUUAGAAAGUUUCUCUAGCUAGCUUAAGUCUUCCUUUUAGCAUUUCUUAAUAAUGUAUAAAAUUGAUUAUUUUAAAGUGGUGGUUCCUUAGGUAAGUCACACAGUCAAAAUCAGAAAAAAAAUAAAUAGAAAUUAUAGAAAAGAGACUUGAUAUUGAAAAUUAAUAUAAAUCUCUGGAAAUGCUCAAUAUUUGUUUUGGAAAACAUAGAAUUUGUCUCCCGAGGUCUUUUAAUUAUCAUUUAAAUUAUCUGAAAAAAAUCAUGUCGAGUGUCUGAACUUGAAGCCUCUAGAAAAACGUUUAAAAAAUGACAUAAAAGAAACCGUUGCAAAAAAAAGCUUCUUGAAAUAUUCAAAAAAAAAUACUUAAAUGCUUAAGUUAGAAUUAUGCAGAAUAAUGGAAAAUUCAAAUCCCUGAAAUAAAUAAAUAUUUGAAAUGCAAGUGAAUCACG